GUAAUGUGGGGCUUUCUCGCGCUCGAAGGAUCUCAGCAGCUGUCGGAGCCUAUACCAUGGAUCAUGCCAGACUGGCCAGGGCGGUCGGCGGUGGCGGCUGAGGACGGAGCCAGUUCCACCAGCUCAGAGGGAGCCGAGAUUCCGGAUCAAGAGCGGACUCAGAUCGAAUCCUGCUUCAGAGCUCUCAGCACUCAGGUUUUUGUCUGUGGUUCCAUGGUGAAUUUGUACACAAGCAGAGGUGGAGAUGGCAGAUGGAACUUACAGGCUACUGGCGUCCCUGUUGUGCUCCUUGAUACGGGUGAAGCUCGUUCCCGCACAUCGAGAGGUAUUCGAUUGGUUCUUGCAGAGCGGGGUUCUUCUUUCUGCCUUUGGUCUGACAAAAUUGAUAACUUGUCAGCAUACAGGGUGUCUGGGCCUUCCUUCCACACAAUGUGUCUCUCUUCUGAUCACUCAACAUUCAUUGGUCUGAGUUUUGAUUCAGAGUUUGCAGCACGUGAGUUAUGGUCUCAUAUUGAACAGCUAACAUCAUGCCCAGAAAAUAUUUCUCUUUCGGUACCAGGGAGGAAAAAACGGCCAGUUCCAGCUAAAACAUUACCUGCGAAGACUCACAUAUCACAACCUUGUUGCUUCCAGCACAUUACAUCUGUUGGUGCCAGAGAUAAAGGUCGCUAUGUCAGCCUCCAAACUUUGCUUCCUCCUUCUUUAGCCCCUCAGGAGAAAGAAUGACUGCUGUAGUCAUUGGUCAUAUUGUCACUGAUAUGGCCAAACACUCCUCAUAUAUACAUAAUUGCUGUUGUCUUUUGAUUCAAUCCAUAUCACAUGAACAUGGAUGUUAUUAAAAUGACUAUAGAGUUUGUAAAAAAACGUUUUGAUUAAGAACAUUAUUUCUUAAAGAAGGUGGAAUGACCAUAAUGUAUGUUAAUAAGCCUGCACUUAAAGGAUAUUGAAUAUACUUUGUAAACUAUAGUGUUUAGGCAUAAAACAACUUUAUAUGGUUGUUACAUUAAAUUUUUCUGUAAUAUUACAAUUGUUAUAUUGAAUUUCACUAUACAACAAACUAUAAUGUAAAUAAAAAUACAUGCUCACAAUUUUAUGAGCAUAUAUAUAAUUUUAUUGUAAAAUUGAAUAGUUUUUCUUGGUCAUUCAAUUAGAUAAUGGUUGUAGCAGUAGAGUUCACUAAUUUUCCACUUACUAUCAAAACCUGCUAUGUCUAGAUUUGGAAUUAAAGUCUUGUUCUAGUUUAAUGAUUCCUGUAAUUUUAUGCUUCCCAAAAGAACAUGUUUCUCACUAUUUGUUAGUACUAAAUUUAAAACCUAAGAGGUCAGGUAAUAACUUCCAAAUCUUAUUAUGACAUUAGAGUUUUUGAUGGUAAGUAUAAAACAUUAGAGGUUUUAGUGGUAAGCAAAUAAAAUACUGAGUAUUUUCUAGGGUUUGAAAUAAUGAAGAUUACCUAAAUAUGAUUGGAAGAAUAGUUUUUAGAUAACUACUUUUUCUUUUUAAAAAAAAAAACCUGUAAAUGUCAGGUAUAAUUUUAUAGUCUGAUUUUGGAAAGUUUUAUAAAAUAAUUUACUUCUAGAAGUAGGCAAGCCUGUAAUAUGGUAGCAAAUAAUGGCAUCAGUUUGACCAUUGAGUAAUUUAGUAGUCUUAGAUUAAACUUAGACUGUAUGCACUAUUUUUACAGCUCCUUCUUCUUAGUUAAUUGUUUCUGAAUAUAAAUUAAAAAUAAAACAUAGAUUUUUAAAAGUAAUUUAAUGUUUAACAUACAAACAGAUUUGUUUAAAAAACAUUUCUGAAUUUCUUUGGGGCGACAGUGACAUACCCCAACUGAGGAUGCAAUGUGUAUAUAAAUGGCUUUGUUGUGUGAUAAGGAAUAUUUUCCUCUAAGAAAUUUGUAUUUAAUAUUUAUAUUAUUUUAUAGUAAUCUCUGUACUGUAUAAUUCAAGGGUAUUUUAUUUUGUACCCUUUUGUUUUGGAAACUAAUAUUGCAUUAUGAUUAAUAUGCAAAUGACUUGUGUCAAUUUGGAUUCUAAUAUUAGUGAAGUAAUUAUGAUCCAUUUGUGAAAUGAUGAAUUCAUCUCUAUAAAAUCAUAGACUGUAGUUAGCUUUUUUUUCUUUUUUUUUGUUUGUAAAUACAAAUGUCCAAUUACUAUUAUUAGAAUAAAGACAAUUGUUUCUUAUUCUUUGAUUGAUGUAGAAGAGAAGAUUUAGAAAAAAAAAAUGUUAGAAAUUUUAAAACCUUUAAGGAAUGUGUAUGAAAUAAACAGAUAACAUAUUCUUGCAUUUCAAUUAAUUCUUGUUCAAUUUAUCAACAUGGUUGUCAGUACUUUAAAGAAAUAAUAUUGCGAAGUUUUCAACUUUUAUGGCAUAAUGUGCAUUCCCUGAAACCUAAACUUAGAAAAGUUAGCCUAUAUUAUACCACUUCCUUUAUAUAGUUUAUUUCUAGCCAGGUAGUGUAUGUUCGUCUGAGUGUACAUAAGCAGCCUAGCUCAAAAAUUAAAAGUCGUAAGAAACUGAUAUUAUGUACUUUUUGAUAAUUAUUAUAAAUGUAAAAAUACAUAAUAUCAUAAAUUCAUGUUAUGUAUUUAAGGUAGGUAAGGACAAGAAUCAAUGAUUAAAAUCUGAUUUACG